AUGCAAACCGUCAAUCGCGCAUGUGUUGAGCUACAGUCCAAAGGCCGAUGCGGUUAUCCAACAGAGAACUUUCUCCUCUUCCGCCAGGGCAAGCGCUGUUUUGCUUUGCAGACGCAGCCAGUGACUGGUGACCUGCACGUUUUGCAGCUUGAGAAGGACCAGAUCCGUGCCGGCGUUCCAUACGAGGUUGCCGUGCACCUUGAUUGGGAACGGGGUCUUCUGGAGCUCUUCAUCGAUGGGGCGUGUGUCCUCAGAGACAUUCAUUUUCAGGUUGACCUGGAGCCACGAUACAUCGGUCUCUACAACUGGAGAAGCCGUGCAGUUUGUGGCUUCUCAGAGAUAUUGGUUGGCGGCAGGCGGCCGUAUCCUGCAGCUGAAUCGCCGCUGCAAGUCUGGAGGGUGUCGGAAAGCCAGAAUCGUCGCGAAGAAGGUUCUGCGCUUACAAGGACGAGUUUGCUAGUGGCCACCAUUCUGCUUGUGCUUCUGUUGGUGGCGACCUUGGCUCUCAACUGGUGGAGCCAAAGCUAG